AUGGUGGUAGGACAAUCAACAACUGAUCCAAUAGAAAAUCAGAAGCAAAACUCAGAAGCAAGCAGAUAUUAUAUUUUCUUAAUGGAAGACUUUUGUGAAGAUAUUCAAUUAGAAAACCUUUCUCAUGUUUUUGUUGAAUCUGCCGUAAGAAAGAUGGAAGACUUUCCUGAAGAUAUUCAAUGGAAAAUUCUUUCAGGCGUUCCAGGCGAAUCUGUCCUAAAUUGCAAACUAGUCUGCAAAAAAUGGCAACAACUUCUUUCUAACAGAAAAGUGAGUCUUGGCAUUUAUUUCUCUAUUUCGAGUUUUCGGCCUAUCAUUCAGCAUUACUAUGCAAGUUAUGACAUUAUUAAAAGUACCAAACCCGAGGAGGAGGAUUUUUGCGAGACAAAAAUAACUAAGAUCAGUCUUCCUCCGUUAAAAGAAGAAGGCGCUGGGCAUGAUGUCAUAGUUGAUUCUUGCAAUGGUUUGAUUUGCUUGGCAAUUCCCUAUAAAGGAUCUUAUGGCGAUCAUGUGUACAUCUGCAAUCCUUACACAAGCGAAUACACAGUUCUCCCAAGAGUAAGCACCAUCAAAUAUUGGGUUGGUAAUAUAGUGAGCGGAUUCGGUUACCUUCCUUCAACAGACGAGUACAAAGUUGUAAGGAUCUUGUAUCCUUAUAAAGGGUACAGGAGGCCAGCUUCUGAGGAUGACAAGAUCCUGGUCCAAGUAUACACUCUCGGAAAAAACAGUAGUAGUGGUUGGAGAAACAUCACAUCAGUCCCUCCUGGUUUAUUGCAUCGCGAGGGUACUUUUGCAAAUGGGCCACUUUAUUGGAAGUACAUCAUCAACAACAUGCUUAUAGCUUUUGAUUUGGUUGAUGAAAGUUUUCAAGUGCUCCCAACACCACCGUGUAUCCAGUUUCCCAGGGAAGAGGAACAAAUCAUGCAGACCAUGAUUCAAUAG